CACCACGUACUCUUGUUAACAAACAGGGACGUGCAUAUUACUGUUUGUUAUCCGCUGCCUGUUUCCUCUUUCUUGGCAUUGAGCGUUGCUGCCACUGCGCCGUCGCUUAAGUAUGGAGGCGCCGCUGCUGGAACGGAGUCCCGACGAGCUCGAGCUGAUCGGAGACGACGGCGACUACCUUCCGGUGAAAGGGCUUAAAGCAUGGUGGAGGAUCUUCUGCAUAGAAUCAGUGAAGCUAUGGCGAAUAGGCGGACCCAUAGCGUUUCAGAUCGUUUGCCAGUUCGGGAGCAUCUCCGUCGCCACCAUUUUCGUCGGUCACAUCGGAGAUGUUGAACUCUCUGCUUUCUCCAUUGCUCUCACAGUCGUCGGAACUUUUGGUUUCGGCUUCAUGUUUGGGAUGGGAAGUGCCCUUGAAACACUCUGUGGUCAGGCAUUCGGCGCUGGACAAGUUCAUAUGCUGGGCAUUUACAUGCAACGAUCCACGAUAAUUUUAUUCGUCUCUUGCAUUAUCCUAUUGCCGGUUUACAUAUUUGCCACCCCGCUUCUGAAGUUGAUAGGGCAGCCCGAUGAAAUUGCAGAACCUGCUGGAUUCUAUUCACGUCUGACCAUCCCCCAGCUCUUCUCCUUUGCUGUAAAUUUUCCAACCCAAAAGUUCCUUCAAGCCCAGAGCAAGGUUACCGUGAUUGCCUGGAUAGCAGUUAUUGCUCUGCUUUUACAAACUCUCUUGUGUUGGCUUUUCGUCAACUUAUUUGGAUGGGGAGCGGUUGGAGUAGCUGUGGCGUAUGAUAUUAUGAAUUGGUUUAUUGCAAUAUCACAAUUUGUUUACGUGGUUGGUUGGUGUAAGGACGGGUGGAAGGGGUUCUCCUGGUCUGCGUUUAACGAUAUAUGGGCGUUUGUUAGGUUGUCGCUUGCUUCUGCUGUGAUGAUGUGUCUGGAAGUUUGGUAUAUGAUGAGCAUCACUAUCCUCACCGGCAAUCUUAAGGAUGCCGUGACUGCAGUUGGUUCCCUUUCUAUUUGCAUGAACAUUAAUGGGUGGGAGAACAUGGUGUUUAUAGGGAUCAAUGCUGCUAUAAGUGUUCGGGUUUCGAAUGAACUUGGCUUGGGACAUGCAAGAGCAACCAAAUACUGUGUCUACGUGACAGUGUUUCAGUCUUUGCUGAUUGGGAUUGUUUGCAUGAUUGUCAUCCUGGCCACCAGGGAUUAUAUUGCUGUUAUUUUUACUGACAGCGAGAUUAUGCGGCAGGCAGUGAGUCAUCUUUCAGGCCUUCUUGGUAUUACAAUGCUUCUCAACAGCGUGCAGCCAGUGAUAUCAGGUGUAGCCAUAGGAGGUGGUUGGCAGGCGCUCGUAGCGUACAUCAACUUAGCUUGUUAUUACAUUUUUGGUCUCCCUUUAGGAUUCCUUCUGGGCUAUGUUGCUAAUUUUGGUGUCGUGGGAGUGUGGGGAGGCAUGAUUGCUGGAGUGGCUCUGCAGACACUGUUGCUCUUUCUCGUACUCUACAAAACCAACUGGAACAAAGAGGUGGAGCAGAUGACAGCCCGAAUGCGGAAGUGGGGAGGCCAAGACACUGUGAUUUCCAUAAAAAAUACAGACGUUAAAAACAUUGAUUAAUCUUAGAAAGACGGUUUCGGAUUUGGCUAAGGAUUUUAAAUGAAGGGAUUUCGAAUUCAUUUGAUUUCAAAUCUACAUAUUUGAAAUCUCUUCUUUGGGUUAAUUUGUAUGGAAUUUAUGCAAAUUUGUACAAAUUUGGGUAUGUAUUUAAUUAGAGAAUUGCAAAGAGGUUUAUAAAGAUGAGUAGGUUAUUAAUUAACUAUGCUCCAAAAA